GUCAGUUUGCAUUGUGAUAGGUUAAGGCAUAGAUAAGGAAUUAAGGGUUAAGGAAUUGAUUCGACAUUUAUAAAUAUGAGUGCUCCUAAAGAAUCUGAUAGUGCGAUGGAAGUAGAAGUAGCCGCUGGAAGUAGUUCUAGUGUAAAAGUGCCAGUGGAAAUAAAUAAUUCAAUUAGUACCGGAAAGGCUGUGAUGGCUACUGCUGGUACAAUACCAUCAGUAACAGUUUCCCUUCAUCCAUUAGUAAUUAUGAAUGUAUCAGAACAUUGGACAAGACGUCGAGCUCAGGAGGGUUCUCCACAACAAGUUAUUGGAGCAUUAAUAGGCAAACAGAAAGGAAGGAAUAUAGAAGUUAUGAACUCAUUUGAACUUAUGUUCACAGUCAUCGAUGAAGAUAUUGUUAUAGAUAGAGAAUAUUAUAAGACUAAAGAAGAACAAUUUAAACAGGUAUUUAGUGAUAUGGAUUUCCUCGGUUGGUACACAACAAAUGAGAGCCCAUCUGAAAAGGAUUUGAAGAUACAUAAACAAAUUUGCGAAAUAAAUGAGUGCCCGAUAAUGUUGCAAUUGAACCCUUUAUCCAGGAACAUGGAUCAACUUCCUAUAUCAUUAUUUGAAUCAAUCAUAGAUUUAGUAGGCGGAGAAGCAACAAUGUUAUUUGUACCACUCACAUACACCUUAGCUACAGAAGAGGCUGAACGAAUUGGUGUUGAUCACGUUGCUAGAAUGUCUAGUAAUGAAGCAGGAGAAAAUUCGUUGGUUGCUGAGCAUUUGACAGCACAAUACUCUGCAAUUAAAAUGCUGCAUUCAAGAGUACGUCUUGUUCUGGAAUUUAUGAGAGAAGUAGAGAGCGGUAGAAGAACUGCUAGCCAUGAUAUAUUACGAGAUGCUUAUUGCCUAAGCCAUCGACUGCCAGUUCUGCAGAGUGAAUCAUUUAGACAUGAAUUUUAUAACCAAUGCAAUGAUGUUGGGCUUGUGACUUAUUUGGGAGCAAUUACUAAAGGCACAAAUGACAUAAACCAGCUUGUAAAUAAAUUUAAUAUGUUAUAUGACAGACAAGCAAUGGGCCGGCGUAUGCGAGGGUUAUUUUUUUGA